AUGACAGAAGUGUCAAAGGCUCGGUUGCAUGCAUUUAACGAGAGAAUCACAGCCAACUUGGUGGCAACCAUAUUCCUAACCUAUGAAAAGUGCGAACUUUCCCAGUGCAUCACCGACGAUCUGGUGGUGAUAGCAGUUACUGAUUGUCAUGUCAUCAUCACGUCUGACAUCCUCAACCUGUUUGCAGGUUUGGCUGGGCAGUAUUCGGUGUCUCAGGAUUCAUCUGAAUUCAUGAUUCUAGAAACUCAGAGCGUGGUAAUCGAGUGUCAUUACACGCAGCUAUUCUUUCUGUGGUGCAGUUCUGGAGUGUUUGAAUCAGACUAUAACGUCAUGAAGGGGAUGUCAGAUCUGAGCGAUGGCGUUUCUGUUACUCAGCGGGAGCCCUCAUUCACGCAAACAGAGGGGAAAUAUGUCACUUUAACCUGCACGUACACCGGUAACGUUUAUUACUUGUUCUGGUACCGCCAGUCCCGUGGAAGAAAGCCCGAGUUCGCAGUCCGGGCUUUCGAGACUAGUGAUGCUGAAUUUAAGAAGGAUUUCGCUCAGAAGCGGUUUUCUAGUACAGUCCAGCAGUCAGAUAAGUUGUACCGAUCGACGAUCUCGGAUCUGCUGCUGUCUGACACCGCUGUCUAUUACUGUGCGGCGAGCUUCACACUCAUGAGAAAAAGCGACAGUAUCGUACAAUAA